AUGGCAUCGUCGCCGGGAGACCAGGGCAACGACCUGAUCGACGCGCUACCAGCGGCGCUCUGGCACCGCAUUUUCCACCUGCUGCUGGAGCGCCCCUGCACCGCCACCCCUCCGCACUCCGCGCGCGGCCGCUACUACUGCCGCGCGCGCAGCACGGCGCAGCGAGCAGAACCCAACUCCAGAGGCACUGGCGGUGGCGGCGGUGCUGGUAGUUCUACUGGCCGCAAUGUCUCACGAGGCGCUGAGAAUGGUUCGGCUAGAGUGGCACCGGUGCCCGUGUUCGUGAACGCCGGGGUGUCGCCGUGCUGGCUGCAUGCGCGCAACGCUCGCACGUAUGGCUCCUCGUGGCCUCUGCUGUGCUGCGCGCUCGCCAGCAAGAGAUUUCUCCACCUCGUCGCCUCCUUCUCCGAACAAGGCACGCCCAUGAGUCUGCACCUCACAGCCGCCCAGCCCCAGUGGACCACCAGCGUGCGCUGGCUGCUCUCCCGCUCCUCUCCCACCUUUCCUUUCCUCCGCCUCUCCUUCUCCCACCCCUCCCUCAUCCCCCUCAUUCGCCGCCCCUUCACUCUCCCCUCCUCUCCAGUCUCCUCCUCCCUCUCAGCCAUGCAACUAAGCUUGAGCAUCAGAGAGAAAUUCACAGAGGAGGAUUACCGCCAGAGUGAUUGGAAUCUAGGCUUUCUCACUCCCUGCUCCUCCCUGCACUCCCUCACACUCGGACCCCUGGCUGCCGUUUCCCCUCAGCUGCACGAGUUUUCGUUCUGCGAGCCGUGGAAGCUGGAGGAGGAGGGAGGGGAGGACUGCAAGGGACCGGUGCUGCUAGCGCUCGAGUUCCCCAGGGCUCGCCGCCUCUCCUUCCGCUUCCUCAGUCACGAGCUCAAGCUGAAACUCGCCCUUUCUCAUGACUCCCUCACCUCCUUCUCCGCCUGUGCCCAGUCCCUCACUCUCACCUGCAGCUCUGCCCGCCCUCUCACGUUGACCCAGAUUUUGCUGUUUGGGGAAGAGUGGAUUCAUAUUUCUUCCUUCAAUGUUGCCUCUGUCCGUGCGCUGUGCCUCAAUGGUCCGAUUAAUCUGCUGCCGCCACGCCCCCACCGCAUCCCAGCUGACGUUCAGAAAGCCAUGGAGAUCUGUGGAGACUCGUUUGUGUAUCUUCCGCCACCGCAGCCGUUUGCAUGGGCGGACUGGCUGAGGACACUCGCGCCAGCAGUGGAGCUGCUUAUAUCGAGGCACGACAUCGACCUUGGCGCCUGCAGGUUCUCCUGGCCGCGGCUGCGGAGCUUCGGGAUUGUCGUGGCGAGCGACUACGAUGUGAUGAACCCGGUGCGAGGGGAGAUGGCGGUGGAAGAUGUGGAGAGAGCAGAUGGGAAUGUGUUCAUCGAAUGGACGAGAGCACAGAGGAGGAAGGAGAAGGCGGAGUGGAGGGAGACGGAGCACAGGAUGAGGAAUCAAGGGCUCACUCGGUUUCAUGCAGGCCCGUUUGGCAACCAGCUUGGGGUUGACGAUGUUGAUGAUGAUGAUGACGAUGUUUAUGGUCCACUGGAGCGAGAGACGCCUUCACGCAGAUCUGCUCCCACUCGACUGUACAUCCCUCCGAAAAUCCAUGCUCCAAAUCUGCGGGCCAUCUUCUUUCCAACCCGCCGCAACACACCCCGAGCCUUGCUAGCAGACCUGAGGGCGAGGCAUCCCUCUCUGGCGCUGUACUGUGUUGCAAGGCACACGUGGUACUGGGAGAGGAAAGGGACGAGGGUAGAGGGUGGGCCGGUGUCGCAUGUGAGGGGGCCGAGAGGAGGGAAGAGCAGUGCGUCGUUUAGGAAUGGGAGGAAGAGCGUGCGGGACAAGAUGCACAGUGUGAAUCGCGGGCUGAUGGAGGGGUACACGCUGGAUGAGGAGGAGUGGUUCAUGGUGGAAAGACAGAACUGGAAGCCGGUGGUUGGUGCGGAGUAUGAGCGGGAGAGGGAUUGUGGUCGGGAUAGCGAUGGUGAAGAGUAUGAUGAUGAGGAGGAAGAGGAAGAGGUGGAGGAGGAGGAUGAGGAGGAUGAGGAGGAUGAAGAUGAUGAGGAUGAUGAGGAAGAUGAGGAUGAUGAGGAAGAUGAGGAUGAUUCCGCAGCAGCAUCAGGCCAAAGCGUGUUCUGCGCACAACCACAAGCGGCUGCCCGCUGCCACCACUCUUCCGCCGAGCCGUGCCACCACGACGAGGCGUGCACAGAAAGCGGGGCCAUGUCAGCAGCUGAUGACGCGUCCGCGUGCUGGCUCUGUUCCGCCGAUCGCGGCGCUGAUGCGCGCGCGGGGGGAAAGGGCAACCCGUCCGCGGAUGACAUGCGCGCGGAUGCGGAAGCGGAGGGCGCGAGGGGCAGGGGGGAUGGCGCGAGCAAGCAGGGCGAUCCGCUGACGUGGCGGUUCUUCUGCGGAACAUGUGGCGCGCUGCAACCGGUGGACAAACGUACGGACCUGUUCGAACUGUUCGGCCUCCCGCGUGCAUUCGCCGUCGACCUAUCACUAUUGGAGCAGCGCUACAAGCAGCUGCAGAAGAUGCUUCACCCGGACCUGCAUGGGGGCAGAUCAGAGGAGGAGAGGGCACUAUCAGCGGAGCAAGCAGCGCAUGUCAUAGACGCCUACUACACGCUCCUCAGGCCACUCUCUCGCGCCAAGUACCUUCUGCGAGCUAGCGGCGUGACAGCAGCAGAGCUGAGUGGGGACAGCCCGGGGCGGGACCAACAGCUGCUCAUGGAGGUGAUGGAACUGAGGGAGACCGUUGAGGACGCUGACAGCCCCGAGGAGCUGCAAGCUCUGCAGUCACAGACCCAGGAGAGAAUGGAAGGGCUGUACAGCAGCUUUGACGAUGCGUUUCGGAGGGGCGAUGUGGGAGCAUGUGUGGGGCUGCUGCACCGCAUGGCAUACUUCCAGCGCGUAGCCAAUGAGAUUGACAACCGGCUGCACUCUAUGUAG